AAAAUAAAAAACAACAAAAGGAAUGAAAGAAAUUACAAGCAAGGACUCGUCGUCUUUCGUCCUUCUUUGAAGCCUUUCGCAUCUUCAAAGUCUCUCUCUUUCUCCGAGAUCAGGAGCUACCGUCAGGUAAAUGGGUUUGUGGACGCUACUUGAAGGCUUCCUGCUUCUUGCAAAUGCUCUAGCAAUAUUAAAUGAGGACCGGUUCCUUGCGCCUAGGGGAUGGAGCUUCUCAGAAUUCUCUGUGGGCAGGACAAAGUCAUUGAAGGGACAGAUUAUAGGUCUCAUUUAUGCAACACAGUACCUGAGAGUUCCUCUUGUGCUACUCAAUUCCAUCUGCAUUGUUGUAAAAUUGAUAUCUGGAUGAUGCCAAAUGAGGUUUUGUGCAGAUUCAUCAAAUUUCUAUGGGGAGUCUGCCAAGUGCCACUUGCAUCUUCUGUUUCUUGGAAAGCAGAAGCAUUAGGUUGUUAGAUAGUGUUUGCCUUUUGCCUUCUCUAAGUAGAUUUUCACAUCACUGUUCGAAAACUAUUUGACUUUAGAUAGUAAAUUGUUUGGAAAUAUCUGUCUCUGAUGAUCAUGACAAAGCUGUCUUCUUGCUUGGUUUUAAGCGUCUAUGCGAUCCUUAUUCUUGUAAAUGAAGAUUGGGUACAUUGGCAGGGUCUGGGCUUGGUGAAGAUCAGCUCUACUGGCACCUAUAAGAACUUGUGACCCCAUAAAUCUAGUACAAUUUGACAAUGUUUACCCAAAACAAUUCAGUAUUCAAAUGUUAUUCAAGGAAUAAUGAUUAAAUUUGUCUAUGAUUGUGAAUGUCAAGUACAUGAAAGGUUGUAUUUAUCACCCUGUACUUUUAUUA